AACCAGUAAAUCCACCGUGGGCAGAACACGUGAAAACAAAAAGAGGCGAGUAGCACCCGAUUUCCGGGAACAUUAUUCAUUCUUCACUUCCAGUUUGUGCUCCUUCAACGACGAGCCGCUUGACGCCCUUCCAAAAAGUCGAUGUAUGCGAAGCGGUGUCAGCACCAAGUGUCAGGAUGAGAUGUCGUCUCAUAGCGGCUCCUUUGUGCAAAUCACGUUCAAUGACAUCCACUUCUUCGAGAACUGCGGCGGCGGCAGCUUCGGAAGUGUCUACCGGGCUAGAUGGAUCUCCCAGGACAAAGAGGUGGCUGUGAAAAAGCUGCUCAAGAUUGAGAAUGAGGCUGAAAUCCUCAGUGUGCUCAGCCAUCGUAACAUCAUCCAAUUUUAUGGCGCCAUCGUUGAGGCACCCAACUAUGGAAUCGUCACUGAAUAUGCCAGUGGCGGCUCACUGUACGACUACCUUUCCUGUGAGGAAAGUGAAGAAAUGGACAUGGGGCACAUCAUGACGUGGGCUACAGAGAUCGCCAGAGGAAUCCAUUAUCUACACUCAGAGGCCCCUGUAAAGGUGAUCCACAGAGACCUGAAGUCAAGGAAUGUUGUUAUAACAGCAGAAAAAGUCCUCAAGAUUUGUGACUUUGGGGCCUCCAAGUUUCUGACCCAUACGACGCACAUGUCGCUAGUGGGCACCUUUCCAUGGAUGGCUCCUGAGGUCAUCCAGAGCCUGCGAGUGUCUGAGACCUGUGAUACCUUCUCCUAUGCUGUGGUGCUUUGGGAGAUGCUGACACGCGAGGUUCCAUUCAAAGGCCUAGAAGGCUUACAAGUGGCUUGGCUUGUCGUGGAGAAGGAGGAGAGGUUGACCAUCCCCAGCGGCUGUCCUGCCAGCUUUGCAGAGCUGAUGAGGGACUGCUGGAUGACGGAUCCAAAAGAUAGGCCAACGUUCAAGCAGAUCCUGUCUACUUUAGAGACCAUGGCGAACGACAGCCAACUUCCCCAACAGUGCAACUCUUUCCUCCACAACAAGUCUGAAUGGAGGUGCGAAAUUGAAGCCACCCUCGAAAGGCUGAAGAAGCUGGAGAGUAACCUGAGUAGCAAAGAGCAGGAACUGAAGGAGAGGGAGCGCCGUCUGAAGAUGUGGGAGCACAAACUCAUCGAACAAUCCAACAGCCCGCUGCUGCCUACGCUCGACAUCUACACGUGGACGGAGGAGCAUGUGUAUUUCUGGAUGCAGCAAAUAUUCGGUGAAGACGCUAGCGGCUACGGCAUGCACCUGUAUGCCGAGCUAUUGCGAGACAAUCACAUCACCGGCAAAAGGCUCCUUUUGCUGUCGGAGAGCGACAUGCGCGACAUGGGCAUCAAGUCCAAAGGUCACGUCAUGCACCUGAAGAGUGAAAUUGAAAAGCUGACUAAUGAUUACCUCGGGCUGGUCCACUUCCCACCUCUGCUCAAGGAAGAGCUCGAAAACGAGGUGGAAAACAGUAAAAGUGUUCAUCUGGAACUCGUCUUUGGGUACCAUUGGAAGCCGGGCACUGGAAAAAACGACUGCAAGUGGAAAAUGUUCCUGGAACUCGACGGAGACGACGUGGCUUUAACUUACAUCAAGGAUGUCAUUUUCAGCCCCAAUCGACAGGAUGUGGAGCCCAUGCGGAUGAAUAAGCCGCCAUUUGUGAUGGACAAAUGGAUAGUCGGGUUACAGCCGAACCAGAAAGUGGACUACACAGUCAGCUAUAAGAGUAAUGUCAAGUUACCAAAGUCAACGAAAUACAGCUGCCCCAUGACGUGGUCUCAGCUUGGAGGACAGGAUGCCAUCAAAACCGUGGAGCUUGUCAUCGAACCAACAGCCGUUCACUUUGACUUGAGUCCUAGGGGCAGGACUAACCCUGACAUUGAUCAAUCCUGGAUGCGAAGUGUGAGGCUGCGGCAGAUCGUCAGGCAGAAAACUCAGCAGCCCAGCGCCGCCUUCACCAGCUCAGGAGCCUGCACUCUUCCUCAGUUCCUGUCGGUACACGAAAGCCAAGCCACUUCUUAUGCGGCGGCAGCGCGACGCUCGCCCGUCCGCUCCUCCGCCAGCGCCUGGAACGACUCGCGCAGCUCCUCGCCCACAUCCGGUCUCUCAGCCAAACUGUUGCCGCUCCACUUGGGGUCAAAGGGCAGCAGCCCGUGCAGCACCACCUCAGAAAGCAUGUCAGAAAAAGAGCGGCCCGUCAGCGCGGGCAUAGUGCUCGAGUAUAGAAGAGAGGGCUUUUUUGGCAGCGGUCAAGGGAGGGGCAGCACGAGAGGAGGCCAAAGCGCAAAUAAAAACAAAAGCCCUCGACACCCAGCAAGGCCGCGGUCCAACAGUUACAGCGCCGCAGCGCAGAUCCGCCCACGCGUAAUACCCGGUAUCAUGUCAGUGACGGAAAACUCCAACGAAGAAAGCGAAGAGGCCAAAGCAAGCAGCGAUGGCGGCUGGAUCAAAGUGGAGCGCCACAAAAGGAUACCGCGACAGGAUAAUAAAGCGGUCAGAGGUCGGCCGAGGAGAGGUGGGCGCGGAGGACGUGGUGCUGGAGGCAGGACUUAAUAUGGCAGGCACCAUGUGUUUACUAUAGUAUAUGCAGUAUACUAUUUUAAUACAGUACAUGCUCUUACUGUGACUGUUUCUAUUAAGGAGUUGCACAACUUUGUAUAUAAAUGAAUUAGAAUGUUUUUUGGCUGCUGUAUUAAUGCUCUGAAUAUAUUUAAAGUUACAUGCCAAAGAGUUAUUGCUCUUUGUGUACUCUCUCCAAAUAAUGUGUUCCUAAUUGUGCUUUUUUUGCUGGAGAGAAUAUAGCAUAAAAAGCAUGCAUAAAUUUUUAAUUCAGAUAUGAAAAACUAUUUUUAAAAGAAUGUAUUUUAAAUAAAUAUCAUUG